AUGGAAGGAGGAAGAUGGACGGGUGACCUGGUCAGGCUGUCUCCUGCAUCCCUCCCCACAACCUCUGAGCAUUCCCUCCCAGUACCCUUGGAGAAAUCUGGUGAGUUCCAGGGGAGAGGAGAUGGGGACAGGGGUAGAUGGAAGGUGGAGGGAAAAAGAGGAAAAGAUGGAGAGGAGACAAAUGGAAGAAAGUUCCUGAAAGGAAGAAGGAAGGGGUGAGGCCUUCUCCAAAGCAGCUCUUUGUUUCUUGAAUCCCUUUCAUAAAGUAGCGGGGCAGAUUUUCUCCCUCCAGGAUUUUAAAUCUUAGGAGUUACAGUGGUACCUCGGUUCUCAAAUUUAAUCGGUUCUGGAAGUCUUCCAAAACCAAAGCGUUCCAAAACCAAGGCGUGCUGUCCCGUAGAAAGUUAUGCAAAAUGGAUUAAUCCAUUCCAGACUUUUAAAAACAACCCCUAAAACAGCAAUUUAACAUGAAUUUUACUAUCAAACAAGACCAUUGAUCCGUAAAAUGAAAGCAAUAAUCAAUGUUCUGUACCAUAAAAUAAUUAAGACAGUAUUGUAUAUGAUAAAAAUUAAAAUUAUUAUUUUUUCGUACCUGCAUUGAUGAUAGUCAAUGUUUGAAUGGGGAGCUAAUAUCCCUUUCCACAGUCAAUUAAUCAAUCAAUCAAUCAAUCAUAAAACAAAAACCAAGCCUCAGUCAAAAAUGAAAAAGCCACAAAAACAAAAACUCAAAAAAUAGGAAAAAACUAAAGCUGCAAAUGUCACCUCAGAACACUGCAACCAGGAAUGGCUUGAAUAUUGAGGGGGGGGGCCUUAAAUUAGCUGUCCAAGGGAACGAAUGGGAUGAAAAAAACCUUGAUUACGAUGGAGACGACUUAAAUUAGCUGCUGAAGGGUAAAACGGAAUGAAAAAAAGCCUUAAUUAGGAUGGGGGGCACUUAAAUUUACUGCCCAACCAUAAAAAUGGAGCUCAGGAGCACGUUCGGUUUCCGAGGCAAACUUCAAAAACAGGAGCCCCUAUUUCUGGGUUUGCAAAUGAUGAAUCAACAGAAGCAUAGUCAAUCUAUGGACUUCCCCUUUUUUUGAAAUAUUUUUAUUGGUUUUUACAAAUACAAGUUUACAUCAAAAACAUUUGAUAUAAUGUUUUUAUAGCAUUUUAAAUGACAGAUCCCGAGGUUUUUGCAAACCAGAGGAUCGCUUCUGCACACGCACACGGCGCAAUAGAGUGCUUCUACGCGUGCGAGUGGCGAAACCCGGAAAAAUACCAGAGGGUUACGUAACAUGAGGUACCACUGUAUAGAUACAUUCUCCACAGUUCUCAUUUAUCUAAAGUGUCCAUAAACUUAUUUACAAGUGAUUCCUAAAGUCCAGCUAACGUUUUGAUUUGCGUGCAGUAAUCUCAUACGUAAAUUAUAAAAUUUCCCCAUUCUUUUUAAAGUCCUUGUUUUCUUGAUUCCUGAGUCUCAUGGCUAAUUUUGCCAUUUUGGCAGAGUCCAGCAGUUUAGCUCACCAUUCUUCCCUAGUUCGGAUUAUUGCAUCUUCCCAUCUUUGAGAUAAUAACAUCUGUGCAGCUGUUGUCGCAUACAUAGUCUUUCCUGGUCUUUUGGGAUCGCAGUACCUGUAAUUCCAAAUAAAUAAACUUCUGGUUUCUUAACAAAAUUUAUUUUAAACAUUUUUUUCCAAUUCAUUAUAUACCAUUUCCCAAAAUGAUACUGUUAUUUUACAUAACCACCACAUAUAGCAAAAGGUACCCACUUCUUCUUUGAAGUGACCUGUUCAUCCUUUGUAUGCCAUUCUAGGAGCAAGUUAUACAUUUUAGACAGAUUUUUUUAUGUUUCUUCCUAAGAGUUCUUUUUGAAAUUGUGAUGUCUCAUAACUAAAACCUUUUUUUAUUUUAAUUUUUUUUAAAAAAAUUAUUGUUAAAAUAGUUCAUCAUUAAUCCACAUAUAUUACAGAUAUACAAGCAUACAAACAUACAUUUCAUACAAUCCUUAAAAGUGUUCAAACAUACUUACACUCAAUCCCACAAAUAAUUCCUUUUCCCAUCACCAUCCACCACCCCUCACCCCACCUUUGUGUUAGACUUCCAAUCUACUCAAUUGCAAUUUCUUUCCACUUCUAUUACUUUCUUUCACACACCUUUAGCCUAAUUUCAUAGAAUCAUAUAAUAGAAUCAUACAGUUGGAAGAGACCACAAGGGCCAUCGAGUCCAACCCCCUGCCAAGCAGGAAACACCAUCAGAGCACUCCUGACAUAUGGUUGUCAAGCCUCUGCUUAAAGACCUCCAAAGAAGGAGACUCCACCACACUCCUUGGCAGCAAAUUCCACUGUCGAACAGCUCUUACUGUCAGGAAGUUCUUCCUAAUGUUUAGGUGGAAUCUUCUUUCUUGUAGUUUGGAUCCAUUGCUCCGUGUCCGCUUCUCUGGAGCAGCAGAAAACAACCUUUCUCCCUCCUCUAUAUGACAUCCUUUUAUAUAUUUGAACAUGGCUAUCAUAUCACCCCUUGACCUCCUCUUCUCCAGGCUAAACAUGCCCAGCUCCCUAAGCCGUUCCUCAUAAGGCAUCGUUUCCAGGCCUUUGACCAUUUUGGUUACCCUCCUCUGGACACGUUCCAGUUUGUCUUGAAUUGUGGUGCCCAGAACUGGACACAGUACUCCAGGUGAGGUCUGACCAGAGCAGAAUACAGUGGCACUAUUACUUCCCUGAUCUAGAUGCUAUACUCCUAUUGAUGCAGCCCAGAACUGCAUUGGCUUUUUUAGCUGCCGUGUCACACUGUUGGCUCACUCUUCUCCAGGAUGAAGAGGAACCAUUGAUGAGCACCCUUUGGGUUCGGUCAGUCAUCCAGUUACAAAUCCACUGAGUGGUAGCAUAGUCAAGUCCGCAUUUUACCAGCUUCUUUACAAGAAUAUCAUGGGGCACCUUGUAGAAUGCCUUGCUGAAAUCAAGGUAGGCUACAUCCACUGCGUUCCUUAUAAUAAUAAUAAUAAUAUUUAUUACGGCCAUAGGCCCAUGCAGAUAAAAACAAGACAUAAAUAACAGCUUGUGCACGUGGGUAAAAACAGCCGCUAAAACACCACUGUAACAAUAAAAUACUAUGAGAUGGAAUGACAUACUGCGCCUUAAUUAGCUUGUAGUGCUCCUUGGCAACGCUUUUGGGUAAGGACAGCGACCAGAAACCUAGCCACUUUCAGGGUCGUAUGGGUAUCCUUAUCCUGCAAGAUUUGGGCAAGGUGGAAUUUUGGUGGGGUACCCUCUAGUUUCUGCAUGAUUGAUCCCAACAAAUUUGCCCGUGGCACGUUGAACAAGGGGCAAGUGAACAUAAUGUGCUGAAGCGACUCCGGCGUCUCCUUAUCACAUUCGCACAUGGCGGAGGCUUGGCCCUUUGAGAAUCUAUGUCUCAGGACAUUGGAGGGAAAAACGUUAAACCUCGCUUUGGUGAAGGCCAGCCUAUGGGCAACAGUCGAAAGGGAGGAGAGGUAUGAUGGAACGCAGUAAGUUAAAGUAAUACCAAUGUUCUGGGGCGAACAAACACCUCCCCCCAGCGUAUAAUUUCGCUGUAAAUCGAUGUCAUCCAGUCUUUGGCGGAUCAGUCUUUGAGCAGUGAUUUGAUCUAGUUUUAGGGAAUCUAAGGGAGAGAUUCCAUAACUCAGGAGUUUGGCAUGAAUUCUACUAGUCCAAAGGCUGGAGAAUUCAUCUCGCCAUAAGCAUUGGACAAGGUAAUGGUCUGGUAAUCUAUGCCACAAUGAUAACCAAUAACUGAAGACUUGCUUCCACAGGCAAGUUUCUAGGGAUGCGAUCUUCAAUUCUAGUCGCAUGGCUGCGUUACUUACGCACAGGGGGAGCAUUAGGAUCCGACGUAGGAAUUGGUUUUGCAGAGUCUCAAGAGGAGCAAGAUCUGUCAUCACGGCCCAGAGCGGGGCAGCAUAGGCAAGCGCGGUAACCACUUUUGCCUUGAACACCUUUAGGGCCGAAAAGCUCCAUCCGAAAAGAAAAUCGGAGGAGCGCAUAUGACAGAGUUUUGGCCUUAUUAAGUAGGUGUUGAAUUUGUGCUUUCCACCCCAAAUUGUAUUGAAAAAUAACUCCUAGGUAUUGAAAUUUUAGGACUUGCUCUAUUUUUGCUCCGCCAAGCUUCCAUUCGUAUAAUCUCCGACUUCUGGCGAAAAUCAGAAUCUUAGAUUUAACAUGGUUGAUGGUUAAUUGGUUGAGUUGACAAUACGUGGCAAAGAUCUUCAGAGCUCUGGUUAGUCCAACACGUGUAUAAGAUAGAAUUACCGCAUCGUCCGCAUAUAAAAGGAGUGGACAGCGGUAAUCCGCUAGUCUAGGCGCGUGUGUACUUGGAGAUGAGUUGACUAGGGGUGCUCGCAUGUCGCUGAUGAAUAGGUUGAAUAGGCAGGGAACCAAUAUACAUCCUUGGCACACUCCCUUGUUUAUUGGUAUCGAAUUUGUGAGGUCGCCCGCAGGAGUAAGUCUCACUCUGGCAUGGGUACCUUCGUGGAGCUGACUUAUAAGCCAUAGGAGUCUUCUAUCGAUGCCCUGUUUCGCAAGUUUCUCCCAAAGAAUAUUUCUAGGAACGCUGUCAAAGGCUGCCUUUAGAUCUAAGAAGGCAGCACAAAGGUAGCCCCGGGGAGGGGAGGAGUACUUCCGUGCCAGAUGGUAAAGAACUAUCGCAUGAUCAGUUGUAGAACGUUUAGUUCUGAACCCUGCUUGUUCAUGGCCAAUCUGGUUAGUCUCAUCUACCCAUCGCGAUAGUUUAGUCAGCAAAAAGCUGGCAUAAAUUUUCCCUAUGAUCGAGAGGAGGCUGAUGUUACGGUAGUUUUCCGGCUCCAUUGGAGAACCUUUUUAUGAAUUGGUACUAUAAUGGCCUCCUUCCAUAUUUUGGGGAUGAGACCGGAAGCGUUGAUUGCGUCGAAGGUUUUGGCCAAGAUGCCAGCCCACCAUUUUGGGUGUAGUUUGAUGGCUUCAGCAGGGAUCAGGUCGGGCCCUGGGGCUUUGCCCGGUUUCAGCUGGGCUAUUAGCUUAGCUAUUUCGUCAGGAUCGGUGGGAGGCCAAAUAGGUAGGUGGGAAAACAGAUGCAUCAGAUGGUCGGAGGGAGCAUCUGCCUGUGAGAAACAUUUCUUCAGGAACAAUUCCCAUGUCGGUGCUGGGAUGACUGCCCUUGGGUAUUUCCUCACCCUUCUAUUAAUCAAAGACCAGAAUUCCCUGGAUCUAUGUGGCUUUGAAGCAGUAAUCAAGGCCUGCCAGCGAUUUUGUUGCCACUCACAUUUGGCAGUUUUCUGCGUGCGUUUGUAAACUUGCUUGGCUUGUGCAUAACUAGCUGGCAGAGUAGAUGCAUCAGAGGUCUUAUAUACAUUAUAUAUAGCACGAAGGCGCUGUCUUGCUUGUUUGCACUGAGAAGUAUACCAGGGGCACCGUAAGUAUACUCGUUUCGAUUUAAUAUUUUGGGUGGUAACCUGAAGAAGGACGUAAGAUCAGUCGUAUGAUGGUGGAAGCGUUUCAACACUAUGCUAUGCUCAUCUGAGGCAGAGCCUAUGUUGGAAUGGGGCCCAAGGAUUUCUUUUUGAAAGAAUUCCUGAUACCUUUGAGCCUGGGUCUCCGACCAUUUGAUUCCUCUUACUUGGAGAGAUUCGUUGGUUACCAUCUGGGUCGCAUGUCUAUGGGCCUCCGACUGCCAGUUCAGGGAAAGCUUGGCUACCAGGGGAAGAUGAUCACUAGAUUGUACAUUCUCGAUCUUAAAGGUGGAAAUACACUUAAGUAGAUCACUGGAGACCAACAGGUAAUCGAGGACGCUGUUUGAUUUGACGCUCAGGUGAGUGAAAUCCCCUGGAAUAUCAGGGAGGCAUGUGCCAUUUAGGGGGACCAGAUUUAAACGGAUGGCCAUUUGAUAGAGGAGUACUCCAGCCUCAUUUGCUCGUUGGUCUUUAGAAGUUCUCCUCAUUAUAUGUUCCAGAUCAUAAUUAUCAAGGUUUGGGGUAACCCACCAUUUGGCUUUGGUCAGCGAGUCCCAAUUUGCUGCUGUGCGGGCGUUAAAAUCGCCACCUAUUAUGGCCGGGGUGUUUGGAAACUUAACAUAGCAUGAGAGCAAAUGCUCUUCUAGCGAGCCCCAUUUAGAGCCCAGUUCGGAGGAAGAACCCCCAGGUGGCAAGUAAACAUUUGUAACUAGAAGUGAGAUCUUUUCCCCCUCUAUCAGCCCGGUAAGGGCGUAAGGAGGCAAGGCCUGUACUAGAGUAAAUUUAGAAUGUAGGUUGAGGGAGAUGCCUAUUAUUAGGCCCCCUUUGGGGCGGCCUCCUUUCUGAGAGGGGCAGGCAGGGAGUUCUAGAAGCUCAAAGCCAUUUAGGGCAAUUUUCUCUACUUCCCACGAUUCUUGGAACAAGAUAAUAUGAAACAGGUUAAUAUACUCCAAGAAUUCUGGGUCAAGUUUUUUUCCCCUCCAGCCCGCAAUGUUCCAGCUGAGGACUGAUAGGGGGGAGUUCCUGUUGUGACCAAUUCGCUGUCAUUUCGGGGAGAAAUGUGAGUCCUUUGGAGGCAAGGCAGACCCCACAAAAAAGUCAGUUAUUUUACUUUGCAUGGCAGGCACCUGCUGAAGGUACCUAGUCUUAAAGUUGGUAGUGAGGUAUUCUGGCUGGGGUGACAAAACGGGUCUCCCGCUGGCUAACCCAAGGGCGGACACUUCAGUGGGAAACUCCACUGGAUUUGCUGAGACUGCCCCACCGCGAGGUCUAAAGGUCGCCGAUGAAACCAUUUGGUUUAUAUGUCCGGCCGGGUCUUCAAUCAAAUCCGGGCCAUUUUUUGAUGUAGGUGGAGCACUCCCCUGACCUGGUGCUGGCGAAGGUACAGGGGAUGCUCAGCGUACUGGUACCGUUUGUAUGUCGGGUCUAUGCCGCUCAGGGGAGUAUGAAGACUCCAGUUCCGGCAUUGAUGGAUUAGAUGGUAAGGAAUUGUUUUGGUGGAAGGAACUCUGAGUUACACUCCUCAGCGGGGGACUCUUGGAGGGCGAGUCAAAAUUUAUCAAGAGUUGGGAUGAGAGGCCAACUUGUGAGGCAAGACCUGGGUCUGCCAAGCGUCGGUGGGUUUUGCCCACAAGAGGGGAGGCAUGGGUUUAGGAGCUGGACUAAGGUAAGGAAGACUUCCUGCUUCCUUAAAACACGACUCCGAAAAGCUGGCAGGGAUAUCCUGAAAAGUGGGCAGGACUUUUCCGUUCUUCUGGACAUAUAUGAGCUGAUGAUUUAGUACUUCUAGUCUAUCAAUUAUUUCUUGUUGUUCUCUCGGUGGAAGGUCGCCAAAGGUGGCUAAAAGCUCUCUUUCCUCCGGCGGGGUCAGAGAAUUACUUGCGCCAGUGGGUUUCUUUAAAGCUCGUGGGGGCGUAGGGUAAGUCCAGUUUCGGUACGGGUGGAUAUCCUCCGAGAGAGGAGGCUCGAUGUCCCGAGGUACUCCUGACCUCUCCGACAGAGUCUGCUCCGUGCCGUGGCCGGCAAGUAGAAGGGGGUGGGUCAUGCUAUCCAUAAAAACUCUUGUUGGGAUGAUAUCAUACCUAGCCAAGAGUGAUUUCUGCCUGAUGAUAGCUGAAGGGAUCCUUGGAGAGUAAAACGCAAGCAUCACUUUCUGUUGCCUGAGGUGCUGGUUCAAAGGUAAUACUGCAAUGAGAUCGCAUUGUGAGAUUUCUAUGUUUAGGAGAUUGCUUAGGUGCUUUUUAACCCCACUCAGAGUAAGCCACCUUGGUGACCCUGCCCCGAUGUUUAGGCAGAUUUUCUUAGGUUGCAGGGACAACGCUUGAAGUUUCAGAGCAGGAUUUGGUUUAUAUUUAGGGAUCACACUUCUUUUUUUGGUUGGAGGUAAGGACCUCUGGCACUUCAAGUCCCCCGUAUCUACAGUUGGUUUAAACUCUGACCAGAGGUUAUCAAUUUUCUGUUCGAGGUUACAUAGCUGGGAGGAUAGCACAUCAAUCUUCUUGAAUAUGCAAUUAAGGGUUCUGACCACAAGAUGGAGAUGUUCAUGUUGUUCUUGUCUUGCGCAGUCCUCAGUUCCAGCGUCCUGCACCACCCUCAAUGGGACACUCCCUCUUCCUCCAAGCUUGCCGUCCGCGGUUUUAGUCUGAGGUAAAAAUAAUUCCUCUGGUGUUGACGUUGUUUCUGGAGACGUUAGAGGGUAGAAACGGUUCUGAGUUUUCACCCCAUAGUAGUGUUCAGUGGGGUCACUCCGUUUGCCAGACACGGGGGGGUCGGUUUUUAAUUGUUUGGCUCUUGGGGAGGGCAGAGCCUCGUCACAAUCCCUUAGGCGUUUGCCUUGGCCCAUCAUUAUGAGUCUUUUAAAAUAGCAGUGCUUAAAAGGUAAUAAAAGGUGGUAGAAAUAGAAAUACAGCUGGCUGUGAGCUGGCGGAAAACCAGUAAGUCGAAGGCUGCUUCCAAGGCUGCCGGAGAAUACAAUUAUCUGCUCAUUAAAGCUGAUUUACGAUGCAGGCUUUACAAUUAUCAGCAAUGUGAACUCCUGGCAUGGGAUUCCAGCACUCUGGUACAAUCUUCAGCAAAAACUUGAAAGGCUGGGUGCCACAACACAGAUUUUAGGGAGGAUUCGAAAUGAACUCCGGCAAAUGCGUCUUACCUCGUCGCCAUCUUGGACUGCAAUCAAGGUAGGCUACAUCCACUGCGUUCCCUUCAUCUACCAGGCUUGUAAUUCUGUCAAAAAACGAGAUCAGGUUAGUCUGACAUGACUUAUUUUUCAGAAAUCCAUGCUGACUAUUGGUGAUCACAGCAUUCCUUUCUAGGUGCUCACAGACUGUUUGCUUAAUGAUCUGCUCCAGAAUCUUCCCUGGUAUUGAUGUCAGACUGACUGGGCGAUAAUUAUUUGGGUCCUCUCUUUCCCCCUUUUUGAAAAUAGGGACAACAUUUGCCCUCCUCCAGUCUGCCGGGUCUUUGCCUGUUCUCCAGGAAUUCUCAAAGAUGACUGCCAGUGGUUCUGAGAUCACAUCUGCCAGUUCUUUUAAUACUCUUGGAUGCAGUUCAUCUGGCCCUGGAGACUUGAAUACAUCUAAACUAGCCAAGUAUUCUUGUACUAUCUCCUUAGUUAUUCUGGGCUGUGUUUCCUCUGCUGAAUCAUUUGCUCCAAAUUCUUCAGGUCGGGCAUUGUUUUCUUUAUCGGAGAAGACUGAGGCAAAGAAAGCAUUGAGGAGUUCAGCCCUUUCUGUGUCCCCUGUUUGCAUUUCACCAUCUUCUCCUCUGAGUGACCCCACUGUUUCUUUGUUCUUCCUUUUGCUACGGACAUACCCAUAAAAGCCUUUUUGUUGCUUUUAACCUCUCUAGCAAGCCUGAGUUCAUUCUGUGCUUUAGCUUUUCUGGCUUUGUGUCUACAUGUGCUGGCUAUUUGUUUGAAUUCCUCUUUGGUGGUUCCCCCCCUUUUCCAUUUUUGUACACAUCCUUUUUAAUCUUAACUCAGUUAAAAGUUCUUUAGAUAGCCACCCUGGCUUCUUUAGGCACCUUCCAUGUUUCCGUCUCAUUGGUAUUGCCUGAAGUUGUGCUUUUACUAUCUCCCUCUUAACAAACUCCCAGCCAUCAUGAACUCCCUUUCCUUUUAGUAUUACUGUCCAUGGGAUCUCACCCAGCACUUCCCUAAGUUUUAUGAAGUCGGCUUUCUUAAAGUCAAGAAAUUGAGUCCUAGGCUGCUCCUUUCCGCUGUAUAGUAAACUUCAGAAGAGCAUGAUCACUCACGCCUAAUGAUCCUUCCACUUCUACCCCACUAACCAGGUCAUCAACAUUGGUUAGGACCAGAUCUAAAAUGGCUGUUCCUCUUGUUGCUUCUCCCACUUUCUGGACAAUGAAGUUGUCUGCAAGGCCAGUGAGGAAUCUGUUUGACCUUAUGCUCUUGGCUGAGUUUGACAUCCAACAAAUAUCCAGGUAAUUGAAGUUCCCCAUUACUACUAUCUCCCUUCCUUUUGCAUGCUUGGCCAUCUGUUCCAGGAAGGCAUCGUCUAUGUCCUCCGUUUGGCUUGGGGAUCUAUAGUAAACUCCCACAAUGAGGUCUCUGUUAUUCUUCUCUCCCUUAAUUUUGACCCAAAUGCUCUCACUUUAGCUUUGAGGUUCUAAAUCUUGGAUCUCUUCACAGGUAUACACAUCCCUGACAUAUAACGCCACUCCUCCUCCUUUCUUGUCUGGUCUGUUUCUCUGAAAUAGAUUGUAUCCCUCCAUUAUUACAUUCCAAUCGUGGGACUUAUCCCACCAGGUUUCAGUGAUGCUUAUUAUGUCAAUAUUUAGCUUGCUGUACCAAGAGCUCAAGCUCAUCUUGUUUAUUUCCCAUGCUUUGCGCAUUAGUGUACAGACAUUGAAGUCCAUUAAUCAUUCCCCCGUGUCUCUUAUUUCAGGAUUUUUUCCUCCCACCACUAGGUCUGCGUGCUGUUUGCUCCAUUUGGUAUAUGACAUUUGGAUGAUCAUCUUCAUCAAUUGAUAGACUCCCACCUUCAGGAGCACUGUCUCCCUCCCCCACAUUAGUCAGUUUAAAGCCCUCCUGAUGAGGUUUCUGAGAUUUUUGGCAAAAACAUUCCUCCCAACCGUUGUGAGGUGCAGCCCAUCACUUGCCAGAAGUCCAUCUUCAAGAAACUGCAGUCCGUGAUCUAAGAAUCCAAACCGUUCCUGUUUACACCAUUUGCGAAGCCAGCUGUUCACUUCCACUAUUUUUCCCUCUCUCCCUGGGCCACGUCGUUCAACUGGGAGGACAGAUGAGAUGACAAUUUGUGCAUUUAAUUGCUUCAAUUUCCUGCCCAGAGCCUCGUAAUCUCUUUUGAUCUUCUGGAGGCUAUUGCUUGCAGUGUCAUUGGUUCCCACAUGAACCAAGAGGAAGGGGUAUUUGUCAGUGGGUUUUAUGAUUCCUUGCAGUCGUUCAAUCACAUCUUGGAUCUUAGCCCCGGGGAGACAGCACAUCUCCCGAAACAUCUUGUCAGGCCCACAGAUCACUGCUUCUGUUCCCCUCAGUAGGGAAUCCCCUAUCACCACUACACGCCUCCUCUUAGGUUUGGUCGGGGUUCUUCCGUGAGCUGUCCAUUCCAAGGUCGCCUGCACAUUCCCUGAGGACUGACUUUGCUGCUCGUCUUCAUAUACCUGAUCGACUGUAAUGAGGGAGAGAUCCUCAAAUGGAGUCUGUUCUUCGUCUUCCAUGCUAGGGGAGGACUUCAAAGCGAUUGUGUAUUUCUAAACAAUCAGAGCGAACCCUGGGCCUCCUACUUCUUUGAGUCACGUUUCUCCAUAUAUCUGGCACCUGUGUUGGUGAACUAGCCUCCUUCUCAGGGGUGUUCCCUGUCUCCUCCUUGGUGGAGACGGUGUUCUCUGUUGCUUCCAAGAAGAGCUCCAGCUCUCUAAUUCUUUGGAGCGUAGCUACACGUUCCUCCAGUUGCUGGACUUUGUCUUCUAAGAGGGCAAUCAAUAUACAAUUGCUGCAGGUAAAGCUGCCUGCAACCUUUGGCAAGAUGGCAAACAUUGCGCAGGAACUUCUUUUUCUAUUACACAUUGUUAUCCAUCUUAUUUAGUAUUUCAGUGUUUGAAACUGAACUUGUUUAUUCCAAUAGGAGUUCUGAUUUUUCGAUAUGGUUUUGCAAGUAUCUUUUAAACACCUUCCAGUCCCUAUCUAUCUACUCUUUUGAGAUCCUUCCAAUUUCUCCCACUGUUUUAGAUAUAUUGUAGGACUCCAAUAAUUUGGCAAGCCACUCUAUUUUUGUCAGUACAAUACCACUUUUCCAGUUUUUCGCACUCAAUAGCCUUGCGGCUACUGUUGCGUAUAAAUAUAAGGUCUUGUCUUCUUCCUUUAGGCUUCCUGGUACUAUUCCCAAUAGAAAAUCUUCUGGUGUUUUCCUAAAUGAAUAUCUAAACAUUUUUUUUCAUUUCAUUAUAUAUUAUUUCCCAAAAUUGUUUGAUGUUUAAACAAUUCCACUAUAUAUGUAUCAUAGUACCUUUUCCAGUGUUGCAUCGCCAACAGACAUCGCUACAAUUUUUAUUCGUUUUUGUUAUUCUUUCAGGUGUUAAAUACCAUCUAUGUUGUACUUUGAGGUAAUUUUCUUUCAGUAUAUAACACAUCGUGAAUUUCAUAUCUUCUUUCCACAAUUUUUCCCAUUGUUGAAACAUAAUAUUUUCCCCAAUAUCUUGCGCCCAUUUAAUCAUUGAUACUUUAACCAAUUCAUCCUUUGUUUCCCACUCUAAGAUCAGAUUAUACAAUCUAGAUAUAUUAUUUGAUUUUUCUUGUAUUAAAUAUUUAUCAAAUUUUGAUAUUUCUUUUUCAAAUCCUAGCUUUUUGUCUUUCGCUAAUCUAUACUUAAUUUGAAUAUAUUGGAACCAAUCACUAAUAUGAGCUUUAAUUUCUGUAUAAUCCUUUAAUUCCAAUUCUCCGUUUUCUUCCUUUAAUACAGUUUUUUAUAUAUAUAAAAUAUUUAUUAAAGGUUUUAAACAAUAAAACACCAUUCACAUACACAACCCAAAAAAGGAAAAACACCAUCACCAUCGGUCACAUAGACCAAAAGAAAAAACCCCGAAAAAAACAUACAAAAAAAGACAAAAGACAAAAAAUCAUAUAAAAGACAUGAAAAAUAGUUCAGUUUCAUAAACAAAAUUUCCAUAACCCUCUUUUCCGACUCCCUCACAUCUCCCUUUUCUGUGUUCCCAUUUACAAAAUCUUGUUCAGCAAUGCUUCACCUUCUCUCAAAACUUAUUUUAAAUUGUACGUUUCAACUAUUAUGUCUCCAGUUUUACCCUUUGUUAUCAAAUAUUUAAGCUUGACAUAAUGUUAUUCAAAUUUCACCUUUGUUCUUAUAGUUCAAUUGUUUUCAUACUCCUUUCAACUAAGUCACUAAUGCCAUAUUAUCUUUAUAUCCUGCAUCAUUCUAACAUUCAUACAAUUUACAAUACUUUUGCAAAUAAUCCUUAAAUUUCUUCCAGUCCUCUUCCACUAUCUCUUCUCCCAGGUCUCGGAUUCUGCCAGUCAUUUCUGCCAGUUCCAUGUAGUCUAUCAGUUGCAUCUGCCAUUCUUCCAGGGUGGGCAAAUCUUGUGUCUUCCAAUAUUUUGCGAUGAGUAUUCUUGCUGCUGUUACUGCAUACAUAAAGAAAGUUCUGUCCUUCUUUAACACCAUUUGGCCAACAAUGCCCAGAAGGAAGGCCUCUGGUUUCUUAGGGAAGGUAUAUUUAAAUACCUUUUUCAGUUCAUUAUAGAUCAUUUCCCAGAAAGCCUUAAUCUUAGGGCACGUCCACCAAAGGUGAAAGAAUGUUCCUUCAGUUUCUUUACAUUUCCAACACUUAUUGUCUGGCAAAUGGUAUAUUUUUGCAAGCUUGACUGGGGUCAUGUACCACCUGUAUAUCAUUUUCAUAAUAUUUUCUUUCAGGGCAUUACAUGCCGUAAAUUUCACACCAGUGGUCCAUAACCGUUCCCAGUCAGCAAACAUAAUAUUAUAGCCAAUGUCUUGCGCCCAUUUUAUCAUUGCUGAUUUAACCGUUUCAUCCUGAGUGUUCCAUUUUAACAGCAAGUUAUACAUUCUUGAAAGUACCUUAGUUUUUCGUUCUAGCAGUUCUGUUUCUAGUUUCGAUUUUUCCACCUGGAAGCCUAUUUUUUUAUCCACCUUAAAGGCCUCCCUAAUCUGACCAUAAUGUAACCAGUCUCGCACUUUGUCCUUUAAUUUCUCAAAACUCUGCAAUCUCCAAGUGUCUCCAUCCUCUUCUACUAUCUCCCAAUAUUUUGGCCAAUUGGCCUCCAUAUUGAGUCUUUUCUGAGCCUUAGCUUCCAUUGGUGACAACCACCUUGGGGUCUUACUCUCUAAUAAAUCUUUAUAUCUUGUCCAGACAUUAAACAGUGUCUUCCUGACUAUAUGGUUCUUAAAUGCUUUAUGAGCUUUAACCUUGUCAUACCACAGAUAUGCAUGCCACCCAAACACAUUGUUAAACCCUUCCAAAUCCAAGAUGUCAGUGUUUUCGAGAAGUAGCCAAUCUUUCAACCAGCAGAAAGCUGCUGAUUCAUAAUACAGUUUCAUAUCUGGCAGGGCAAACCCCCCUCUUUCUUUAGCAUCAGUUAGUAUUUUAAAUUUUAUUCUGGGCUUUUUGCCCUGCCAGACAAACCUAGAAAUAUCUCUCUGCCACCUCUUGAAACAGUCCAUCUUGUCCACAAUCUGCAAAGUCUGAAACAAAAACAACAUUUUUGGCAAUACAUUCAUCUUUAUAGCAGCUAUUCGACCCAGCAAGGAAAGCUUCAAUUUUGACCAAAUUUCUAAAUCCUUUUUGAUUUCUGACCAGCAUUUUUCAUAAUUGUCUUUAAAUAAAUUCAGGUUUUUAGCCGUCAUAUUAACCCCUAAAUAUUUCACCUUUUUGACCACAUUUAACUCUGUCUCCUUCUGAAACCUUUCUUUUUCCAAAGUUGUCAAGUUUUUUCCCAGAACCUUAGUUUUCUGCUUGUUUAAUUUGAAUCCUGCCACUCGACCAAAUUUUUGGAUCAGUUCUAACACCCUUUUCGUACUAGAUUUUGGCUCCUGUAAUGUCAAAACAAGGUCAUCUGCAAAAGCCUUAAGUUUGUACUGUUUAGCUCCGACCUGAAUUCCUUCAAUCAACCGGUCUCCUCUAAUCAUAGUUCAAGAGCACCUCCAGGACCGAGAUGAAUAGCAAUGGGGAAAUAGGGCAACCCUGUCGUGUUCCUUUCUCAAUUUUAAACUCUUCUGACACCACAUUAUUAACUAUCAAUUUUGCCUUUUGUUCUGAAUAAAUUGCAUCUAUACCAUUUUCAAACCCCCGUCCCACUCCCAUCCCUUUAAGAUUUUUCUUCAUAAAAUUCCAUGAAAUGUUAUCAAAGGCCUUCUCCGCAUCUAUAAAAAUCAACACUGCUCUUGUAUUAGUAUUCAUUUGCAAUAGUUCCAAAAUGUCAAUGAUGUUCCUUGUAUUGUCAGACAAAUGUCUACCUGGGAGAAAGCCUGCCUGGUCUUUAUGAAUCACUCCAUUUAACACUCGUUUUAAUCUAUUAGCCAAAAUGUCUGCAAAAAUUUUGUAAUCCACGUUUAAAAGGGAAAUGGGACGGUAGUUCUUGAGUUGUGUCUUUUCAGUUUCAGAUUUAGGUAUAAGUGUGAUGAAAGCUUCUUUCCACGUUUCCGGUGCCUUCUUCCCCUCCAUAAUCUCAUUACAUACCUCCUUCUUCCUUUAAUACAGUUUUAUAGGUAACCCAAUUUUAUUUCAUAUUUAAUUUUUUCACUGCGACAAUUUCUGCUGGCGAUGCCCACCAGGGAGUUUUCGGUUCUAGGAGUCUUUUAUAUUUCUCCCAUAUUUUAUAUAUAGACUUUCUGACUAUAUGCCCUAGGAAGCCUUUAUGUACUUUGACUUUUUCAUCUAUUAGAUAGGCAUGCCAUCCAAAUCUCGUCUCUACUCUGUCUAAAUCCAAUACAUCCGAGUCAUCUAAUUUGAUCCAUUCUUUUAGCCAGGUCAGACCCACCGCAUCAUGAUAUAACUCCAUGUCUGGGAGACCAAAUCCUCCUCUCUCCUUCUUAUCUAUCAUUAUUUUGUGUUUUAUUCUUGGCUUUUUCCCUGACCAUACGAAUUUAGCCAAAUCUCUUUUCCAGUUAUUAAAACAUUUAUCUCCUCCUAGUAUUGAGAUACUUUGAAAUAAAAACAUCAUCCUUGGUAAUAUGUUCAUCUUUAUUACCGAUAUUUUCCCUAGUAAGGAAAGAUUUAAUUUCCCCCAUACUUGCAAGUCAUUUUUUAUUUCAUUCCAUGUUUUCCCAUAGUUCUCAUUACUUAAGUCUAUAGUGUUUGUUGUUAAAUUUAUUCCAAGAUACCUUAUUUUCUUUUUAAUUUCCAAUCCUGUAAUUUAUUGUAAUUUCACUUUAUCUUUUUCUUCCAUAUUUUUCACUAGUAUUUUGCUUUUCCCAUAGUUUAAUUUGUAUCCUGCUAAUCUGCCAAAUUCGUUUAUGCAUUCCAAUAUUCUAGGUGUACAUUGUAGGGGAUUUUCUGUUGUGAUCAUAACAUCAUCUGCAAAGGCUCUUAACUUGUAUCUUUUUCACCAACUGCUAUUCCUCUUAUUUGGUUGUCCUGCCUUAUUUUCUUUAAUAGAACCUCUAAUACUAUUGUAAAUAGCAUUGGGGAUAGGGGGCAUCCUUGUCUUGUACCUUUAGAUGUUGAUGUCUUCUCCAAACUCUCCAUUAAUAAUAAUUUUUGCUUUCUGUUGGUCACAUAUUACAUUUAUACCUUUUUGGAAUUUUUCACCUAGACACAAUUCUUUUAUUAGUUUUUCAUGUCUAUCUUAAAGAUAUUGUUUAGUUGAUGGUACUGUAACCAGUCAGUUACAGCUUCCCUUAUCUCUUCAAAAUCUUUUUAUUUCAGUUGGUUUUCAACUUCAGUUAAGAGUUCUCUAUAAGUCGGCCAAUUACUUCUCAUAUUCAAUUUUUUUCAGAGAUAUUGCUUCCAAGGGGGAAAGCCACCAGCGUGUUUUUUACUCAAACAAAUUUUUAUACUUCUCCCAUACCCUAAAAAUUGAUUAUCUUCCUCUAUGAUUCUGAGAAGCUCUAUGCAUCUAGGCCUUUUCCUACCGUAAAUAUCCAUGCUAUCCAUAAUUCAUGUCCUUCCAGGUCUAAAAUACAGUAUCUGUGUUUUCCAAUGUAAUCCAUUCCUGGUUCUAGCAGAUAUAGGAUGCUUAAUAAUAAAGUUUCAAAUCCAGCAGGGCAAAACCUCCUCUCUCUCUUACAUCUGUUAAUAAUUUAUUUUUUAUCCUUGGUUUCUUCCCUUUCCAUAUAAACCUAGAUAUAUCUCCUUGCCAUUUUUCAAAGCAUCCUGUGUUGCCUAUUGCCGGGACUGAUUGGAAUAAAAAUAACAUUUUUGGCAAUACAUUCAUUUUUAUUACUGAUAUUCUUCCCCAAAAUGAUAAAUCCAUUCUUCCCCAUAUCUCUAAAGCUCUUUUUAUUUCUUUCCACUCAUUCUUGUAAUUGUCUUUAAAAAUAUUAAUAUUCUUAGCUGUCAAACAAAUCUCUCAGAAUUUGACUUUGUUAUAUAUAACUAAUUCUGUUUUCUGUUGUAAUUCCUUUUGGCCUUGCUCCAUUGUGCUUUUUACCAAAAACGUAGUCUUAUUCUUGUUUAGUUUAAAGCCUCCGGCCUGCCCGAAGUCCCGUAUCUUUUCUACCACAUUCGGUGGAGUAUUUUUGGGAUUCUUUACUGUAAUUACAAGGUGAACUGUAGAAGCUUUUAAUUUAUAUGCUUUAUUUUCUACUGUUAUUCCUGUAAUUAAUUUCUCCACUUUUCUCUCUCACCAGGGCCUCUAAUACCAAAAUAAAUAAUAAUGGUGAUAGGGGAUAUCCUUGUCUUGUCCCCUUUGUUAUUUUACACUUUUCUUUUAUAACCUUAUUAACAAUCAGCAUAGACUGUUGGUAAAAAUAAAUUGCAUCAAUUCCUCUCCCAAAUGCUUCCCCAAAAUUCAUUUUUUCUUUUAUCUUUUUCAUAAAAGCCCAUGAAACAUUAUCAAAAGCCUUUUCAGCAUCAAUAAACAUUAAGACCGCUUUUUUCUCAUUUCUUACUUCCAAAUAUUCAAUAAUAUCAAUUAUAUUCCUUCAUCUGACGUCCUCGUAGAAAGCAGGCCUGCUUGUCAUGAAUUUUUUCUGCUAAAACACCUUUCAUUCUAUUGCCCAAGAUAUGAGCAAUACUCUAAAUGGACUUCUAUGGACUUCCAUCCUACAGGAGUGAUGGCCAACAACUUGGAUAGCUUGAAAAAAGAGGAUUAGACUGAAAGCAGAGGAAGGCAGAGGGCUCUUGUACUCAAAUCCUGCUUGCUGGUUUCCCGCAGGCAUUUAGUUGACAACUGUGAGAACAGGAUGCUGGACUACGUGGGCCUUUGCCCAAAUGAGCAGGCUCUUCUUAUAUUCUAAUACAGGGAUCCCCAAACUUGGCCUUCAAGAUGUUUUUGGGACUACAACUCCCAUCAUCUGUAGCUAACAGGACCAGUGUUCAGGGAUGAUGGGAAUUGUAGUCCCAAAACAUCUGGAGGGCCAAGUUUGGGGUGCCUGUUCUAAUAUAUUGCAAUAUUUUAACAGUUACAUGUGGCAUAGUAACAAAAAAUUUUACUUCUUAGUCAUAGGAGAGAGUGCUACUUGAGCCUGUGAUCAUUUCCUCCCUGGAGAAAGAGAAAUACAGAGAUGUGUCUAAGAAGCCAAUUCCACCAUCGAUUAUAAAAUAAUGCAGUUUAUUAAGUGUGAAUGGAGUGAUCAUGUGUUGUUCUUGCAAUUAUCUCACCUGCAUUCCUAAAACUUUGGAACAUAGAGAGGACAAUGGAGAAAUGAGACAGUGUUAAAAUAAGAGAAGGUGCAUACUGGGAUUGAAAUGUGUUCAGUUCCUUUCUUGUCUUUCCUGAAAGUCUUAACAGGAUUCUCUUCCCCCUCCCCCACUCCCAAACAGGUGAGGAAGACGAUGGCCAGAAUUCUAUGGAGCCAUCUGUGAAUUCAUUGGGAAGAACAAAGAAACAGUUUAAAUGCAUGGAAUGUGGGAUGUUCUUUAGUCACAGUGGAAGACUGAGGACACAUCAACGAAUUCACACAGGGGAGAAACCAUGUAAAUGUACUGACUAUCGAAAGAGCUUCAGGGACAAUGGAACACUUAGAAAACAUCAACGAACUCACACAGGGGAUAAACCAUUUGAAUGUAUUGAAUGUGGAAAGAGCUUCAAUGAUAGUAGAAACCUUAGACAACAUCAACAAACUCACACGGGGGAGACACCAUUUAAAUGUAUUGAAUGUGGAAAGUGCUUCAGUCAAAAUGGAAAACUUAGAAGACAUCAACGAACUCACACAGGGGAGAAACCAUUUAAAUGUAUUGAAUGUGGAAAGAGCUUCAGUCAAAAUGGAACACUUAGAAUACACCAACGAACUCACAUAGGGGAGAAACCAUUUGAAUGUAUUGAAUGUGGAAAGAGCUUCAGUCGAAAUGGAACACUUAGAAUACACCAACGAACUCACACAGGGGAGAAACCAUUUGAAUGUAUUGAAUGUGGAAAGAGCUUCAGUGGAAGUGGAGACCUUAGAAGACAUCAACGAACUCACACGGGGGAGAAACCAUUUGAAUGUAUUGAAUGUGGAAAGAGCUUCAGUGGAAGUGGAGACCUUAGAAGACAUCAACGAACUCACACGGGGGAGAAACCAUUUAAAUGUAUUGAAUGUGGAAAUAGCUUCAGUCGAUAUGGAAACCUUAGAAGACACCAACGAACUCACAUGGGGGAGAAACCAUUUAAAUGUAUUGAAUGUGGAAAGUGCUUCAGUCAAAAUGGAACACUUAGAUUGCACCAACGAACUCACACGGGGGAGAAACCAUUUGAAUGUAUUGAAUGUGGAAAGAGCUUCAAUGAUAGUGGAAACCUUAGACAACAUCAACAAACUCACACGGGGGAGACACCAUUUAAAUGUAUUGAAUGUGGAAAGUGCUUCAGUCAAAAUGGAAAACUUAGAAGACAUCAACGAACUCACACAGGGGAGAAACUAUUUAAAUGUAUUGAAUGUGGAAAGAGCUUUAGUCAAAAUGGAACACUUAGAAUACACCAACGAACUCACAUAGGGGAGAAACCAUUUGAAUGUAUUGAAUGUGGAAAGAGCUUCAGUCGAAAUGGAACACUUAGAAUACACCAACGAACUCACACAGGGGAGAAACCAUUUGAAUGUAUUGAAUGUGGAAAGAGCUUCAGUCGAUAUGGAAACCUUAGAAGACACCAACGAACUCACAUGGGGGAGAAACCAUUUGAAUGUAUUGAAUGUGGAAAGAGCUUCAGUGGAAGUGGAGACCUUAGAAGACAUCAACGAACUCACACGGGGGAGAAACCAUUUAAAUGUAUUGAAUGUGGAAAUAGCUUUAGUAGAAAUGAACACCUUCAAAUACACGAAGGAACUCACACGGGGGAGAAACCAUUUAAAUGUAUUGAAUGUGGAAAGAGCUUCAGUCAAAAUGGAACACUUAGAUUGCACCAACGAACUCACACGGGGGAGAAACCAUUUAAAUGUAUUGAAUGUGGAAAGACCUUCAGUCGAUAUGGAAACCUUAGAAGACACCAACGAACUCACAUGGGGGAGAAACCAUUUGAAUGUAUUGAAUGUGGAAAGAGCUUCAGUGGAAGUGGAGACCUUAGAAGACAUCAACGAACUCACACGGGGGAGAAACCAUUUAAAUGUAUAGAAUGUGGAAAGAGCUUCAGUCGAAAUGGAACACUUAGAAUACACCAACAAACUCACACGGGGGAGAAACCAUUUAAAUGUAUUAAAUGUGGAAAAAGCUUCAGUCAAAAUGGAAACCUUAGAAUACACGAAGGAACUCACACGGGGGAGAAACCAUUUAAAUGUAUUGAAUGUGGAAAGUGCUUCAGUCAAAAUGGAACACUUAGAUUGCACCAACGAACUCACACAGGGGAUAAACCAUUUGAAUGUAUUGAAUGUGGAAAGAGCUUCAAUGAUAGUGGAAACCUUAGACAACAUCAACAAACUCACACGGGGGAGACACCAUUUAAAUGUAUUGAAUGUGGAAAGUGCUUCAGUCAAAAUGGAACACUUAGAAGACAUCAACGAACUCACACAGGGGAGAAACCAUUUGAAUGUAUUGAAUGUGGAAAGAGCUUCAAUGAUAGUGGAAACCUUAGACAACAUCAACAAACUCACACGGGGAGACACCAUUUAAAUGUAUUGAAUGUGGAAAGUGCUUCAGUCAAAAUGGAAAACUUAGAAGACAUCAACGAACUCACACGGGGGAGAAACCAUUUAAAUGUAUUGAAAGGGGGAAGAGCUUCAGUCAAAAUGGAACACUUAGAAUACACCAACGAACUCACACAGGGGAGAAACCAUUUAAAUGUAUUGAAAGGGGGAAGAGCUUCAGUCAAAAUGGAACACUUAGAAUACACCAACAAACUCACACGGGGGAGAAACCAUUUAAAUGUAUUGAAUGUGGAAGGAGCUUCAGUCAAAAUGGACACUUUAGGAAACAUCAACGAACUCACACCGGAGAAGCCAUUUAAAUGUACUGAAUGUGGAAAGAAUGUGGAAAGAGCUUCAGUCCAUAUCGACAACUUAUAA